CCUAGUUGUCGGCCAUCCACGAUCCUUCCCUAGUUGCGAGGGCGCUAGACAAGGGACAAGGGAGUCGGGACCAUACCUGGUCCCUUGUCCCAAAACUUAGCUCCCUCUCUCUAGCCUCUAGGGUCAUGGCGGCUGCACGUAUGCAAGCUCUCAGGCCGUCUCUGGCCGUCAACGGGCAUUACGCACCGCGACAAAACCCCCGUGCCCUUCUCUCACACCUGAGCUGCCCCUUGCCGCAUCCUCUGGCGCGCAAUGCUGUCCCGUCAAGCUCGACGUUUUGCAGAAUCCUUCAAUCUAGUUUCCUACUAAGCGACGCAGCGCGGUUCCAAACAUGCUUCCAGUCAGCAGGAGAGCAGCGCCCAGAGCGCGCGCCGCAUGGUGGCAUCCGGGCGAUCUCCUCCACUGGGGCGUCCACCAGCGGGCGGCCUAAUUACGCGGAGACCGCCGCGGGUGGGCCGCGGCGCUCCUCCUCUCCCGAGUUUUCCGAGGAGCGGCUCCGAUCGUUUCAGAAGCUGGUGCAAGACAUUGUGCAGACCAGCAUUGCGACCGGCCCUCUCGGAGCGCUCCGCUUCUUCCAGGGGUUGGAAGCAGUCUCACACGUGGGGAGGGAAUAUCUGCGGACAGGGUUUCGGGGCUCGCAAACAGAGCUAAGCUCCCCCCGGCUGCUGAGAUUGCUCUUUGAGCGGCUGGGCGCUACUUACAUCAAGAUCGGGCAGUUUAUUGCAUCAGCGCCCACGCUGUUCCCAGCGGAGUAUGUCCAGGAGUUUCAGAGCUGCUUGGACAGGACGCCGCCGCUGCCGUUCGAUGAAAUCAAGAAGGUGAUUCAGGCGGAUCUCGGCCGUCGGAUAGAGGACGUGUACCAGUAUGUGGAUCCACAGCCCCUGGCGUCAGCAUCAGUUGCUCAGGUACAUGUCGCCCGGCUCAAGGGCAGCGGCCGCGACGUGGUCAUCAAAGUCCUCAAGCCCGGGGUUGACGACGUUCUCAAGACGGACCUCAAUUUCCUGUACGUCGCCGCGCGCCUGCUCGAGUUCCUCAACCCCGACAUCGCGCGCAGCACGUCGAUUGUCGGCAUAGUCGCCGACAUCCGGAACUCGAUGCUAGAGGAGACGGACUUCUCGAAAGAAGCAGCAAACAUCCAGGCGUUCAGUGCGUAUCUGGAGUCGGGCGGGUUGAUGCAGGUUGCAAAGGCACCGGAGGUGUUUCGGUUUGCCAGCGGGAAGAAAGUGCUGACGUUGGAGCGGCUAUACGGCGUUCCGCUCACGGACCUUGAAGCAAUCCGUAAAGUGUCGAACGACCCGGAGGCGACGCUGAUUGGCGCGCUGAAUGUCUGGUUCGGCAGCGUCCUUGCGUGCGAAAGCUUCCACGCCGACCUCCACGCCGGGAACCUCCUCGUGUUGAAUGACGGCCGUGUGGGGUUCAUCGACUUUGGCAUCGUGGGGCGAAUUUCGCCCCCGACGUGGGCGUCCAUUCAAGCCUUCCUUGCGUCGGUCGGCUCAGCGGGGCAGUACCGAGCGAUGGCCAUUGCAUUGGCGCAGAUGGGCGCCACUGCCGACCAGGUGGAUAUUGACCGGUUCGCGUUGGACCUGCAAGCCCUGUUUGCAAAGGUGGAGGAGAUCCAGCCGGACCUGAUUGUUGCUGCAGCCCAGGGCCCCGACGGCCCGGCAUAUGCCGCGCAGCUGGCCGUCGAUGACCGGCAAAUCAACGGCCUGGUGUUAGAGCUGGUGAAGGUGAGCGAACAAUACGGACUGCGCUUCCCGCGGGAGUUCGGGCUAUUCAUUAAGCAGCUCCUCUACUUCGACCGCUACACCAAGCUGCUGGCGCCCAAUCUAAAAGUGCUCGAAGACGAUAGGAUCCAGAUCCAGCCCCGGGGGCCGGGGCAACCUUACUCGAGGAUGGGCUACUAAGAGUCGGGGCUCAAAGAAGUCAAGCGAGCGCUAAAUACGUAAUCUUCACAACAGCAAUCAUGAACCUCAAGGUCCGAAGGACUCCACGUUGGGAUCCAUUGAAUGUACAGGUAAAGAUGCUCGCUUACAUACUGUCACCGCUUGGAGUCAUGGUCACUAUAUAAUGGUACCCAAGCUAGAGAAGCUUAUGAAGGCAUUCUGCAAUCAAGCUGGUCGCGACGAAAUAUGAUCAAGCAUGGCGAAAGUGGGGGGUAAAGCUCGUCGGAAUUGGAG